AUGGUGGUGCAUGAGGAGGGCGAGAUCAUGCUGACGGAACAGGACCCGAUGAUGGAGUGCAAGGGAGGGCACCUAGCCUGUGCGGACUGCCACGGCGAGCGCAGCGGGAACCAGCGGCAGUGCCAGAAGUGCGAGUGCGGCGGCGGCUUUGACGUGUGCAACAAGGCAAUGGACGCCGUCCUCUCCUCGGUGAGGGUGGUGUGCCCACAUAAAGGUUGUGGGCUCUACGUCGCUUACUACAAGCUCGCUGAUCACCAGAGCGUGUGUCCACUCGUGCUUUGUGAAUGCUCGGUGCCUAUCUGCAGCUACGAAGGCCCGCUGCCGGCGCUCCCCCACCACAUCAACACUGUGCAUCCCAUGCCCGUGCACUUGAUCCAGUACGACAAGGUGCUCCAGCUGCAAGUGCCGGUGUCGGAGCCGUGGCGCUUGCUGUUCGCGGAGGAGGACGACCGCGCGUUUUUCGUGGUCGGCGGCGUGCUCGACAUCGGCGCGCCUAUCAUCGUGUUGGUCAUCUGCAUCAGAGCGGGGGCGUCGCCACCGCCACACUACGUGACCAAGGUGUGGGCGAACGGCCCGCCGAGGGAGCCCAUAGGCAGGACCGACGCCGUCAAGCUGUGA